AUGGUGACUGAAUCGUCAAUCCAAAGUUCUCAUUCUAAAGUGUCUCAUAAUGAAGAAAAAAUUAGUCUUAAUCACUCACAUCCGGUUGUGAAUGGCAGUUUCAACAAAUUCACUGGUACUCAAAGUUUCACACCGGAAUUCCCGUUCAACUAUUUUGAUACUGAAGUCAAAAGAUUUGAUUUUUACUCUACUGGUAUAAUAAGUGUAUUCAAAGAAAUAUACUUCGGAUUGAUUAUGGGUCACCGUUCAUUGGAUUACAAUGCUGAAUAUGAGGUUUUGAAUAGCAAGGAAUUACUUGCUGCUAAGUGGUCUGUCAGAAGUGAAGAAAAGGAUGGUACACUGGCAUGUCGGUGGAGUUUGAAUACAUCGGGACCUAUUGUCCAAAAUACAAUUCGAGUGAGGCAUGCAACAACGCGUCAACAUUGA